ACCUAGUCGAGUUCUGCUCUUAGCUGCUCUUGGUGCAUACAAACGGGAGCCAGCGAGUUAUCAUGAGCUUGCUUAAUUAGUUCACUGCUUUCGGUCGCUCGACGCAGCAUAAGAAGUACCGUUGGGUUUAUACUAUUUAAUUAUGUAAGCGAGUGACUGUGUGCUGUGCGACUCGCAGGCGGGUUAAACGACGCGAAUAUAACAGAAUAAUUUAAUUUGUAUCAUAAGUGCUGCUGCCGGACAGACGAACGCGAUUGCCUUUUAGCAUACAAAAUGAAACAAAAACGAAAUAAUUAAAUGCAAAAUACACAACUGAAAUGAAGAUGUUGAGCUACUCACGGCGGCAGUGGAAGCGCGUCAAAAGCCUUGCUGAAAUCUCGCCAACAAUGGACUAGUUGUGUUUCUAACGCGACGCCGUCAAGUUCACACAAAUCGCGCAGCUCAAGUAGCGAAUUCUGCGACGCGCCCGAACUUCCAUCGUACACGCCCAGCUUUCGGUGCGCACGAGUAACGGCCCAAGUGGCAAGAUCAACUCUGUGAACAAAAAGUGCUAAAUUGCAAAUUCUGCGAAUGUUCGAAUGAGCUGCUCAGCAUUCCAGUGAAUCCAGAGCAAGCGCUGAGGAACGCAAAAAAAACAUACAGAAAAGUGCAAUUUCUAAAAAUUAAUAAUAAAAAAUAAUAAAUAAAAAAUAUAAAUACAUAAAGUUAACUCAAAAUUAUUCUGAAAAAAAGUAUAAAAGCAUCUGAAUAUUUUAAACAAAGACUUCAAGCAUUAAAGCAACACAAAAUGUCCAAAAUGCGUUGGAAAGGUGCAAGCCUUCUAUGCGUCGUUGUCAGCCUGCUGUCCACUUGCAGCGCUCAAAUUGAUUACUUCUCAUCCAUUUCCGGCUUAGAGAAUUUGCUCCGCACCGAGGAGUAUCUGCUGCAAAGCUUCCGAGAAUACGUGCGCGCCAGCAAGCAUCAACUGCAGACACUGGAGAGUGAACUGCAUCGCAUCGAAAUGGAAUAUGCGCAGGCGGCCCGUAAUACCGAAAAUUAUUUAACCAAUCCCGUCAAUGUUUACCGCUUAAUGAAGCGCCUAACCACCGAUUGGACGAUUUAUGAGGAGCGCGUGCAGUCAGAUGAGGCUGCGAGCACAUUCCUGCGACAAAUGGUUGAGUUUCGGGAAACACUGAGUUUCCCAAGUGGGGAAGACUUCAAAGCAUCCGCGGCUGCUUUGGCGCGUCUGCAGGAGACAUAUCACCUAGAUACGGCGCAAAUAGCAGGCGGUUUCUUAAAUGGCGUCAAAUAUGGAACAAGCAUGACCUGGCAGGACUGUUUUGUUCUGGGUAAGCAACUGUUUCAUUUGGAGGAAUACAAUCAUACGAAAUUGUGGUUAAAGGAAUCCAUGCAACGACUGAGUCGCGAACCGUAUUACAAAGACCCACACACACUCGAGUAUGUGGAGGAUGUCGCAAAGAGUUUACUCAAUUUAGGCGAUUUAGAAACUGCACUCAAGCUCUCAGAUGACGUGUUGAGCCUUGAUCCCACACGCGCAACCGCUUCAUAUGUGAGAAACACAAUACUCAGUCCGGUUGGCGAGCGGAAACCAACGCUAACCACAAGUCUCUCGUACUACCACCAAACCGAGGAAUUUGAAACGUAUAAGAAAGUGUGUCGCGGCGAAAUCACUGCAUCGCCCACGCAAUUGCGUCCGCUGCGCUGUCGUUACGAAAGCAAUAAUCAUCCUUAUCGCCUUAUCGCCCCCUUCAAAGUGGAGGAGCACAGCCUGGAUCCACUCGUGUUGACAUUACACGAUUUUAUCGACGACACCAAGAUUGAAACCAUCAAAUAUUUGGCCACGCCCUACAUGCAACGCUCCACCGUACGCGAUGUGGUCACUAUGUCCAAAGCUACCGACUUCCGCAUCAGCAAGAACGCUUGGCUGGCCUAUCAGGAGCACACUUACAUGCAGGAUAUGUUGCGUGAUUUGCACGACAUCACUGGCCUCGAUGUGACGCGCUGCGAGAAAUUACAGGUCGCCAACUACGGACUGGGCGGCCACUAUGAGCCGCACUGGGACUUUUAUUUGGACACCGAACGUCUGCCGGAGGGACUAGGUAAUCGCAUUGCCACCGCCAUAUUUUAUCUCUCCGAAGUCGAACAGGGUGGCGCUACUGCCUUCCCCAAUUUGAAUUUCGCCAUUAAGCCCAAGAAGGGCAAUGUGCUGUUCUGGUACAAUUUACACCGGUCAUUGGAGGGCGAUUACCGCACGAGGCACGCAGCCUGUCCGGUGUUGAAGGGCUCUAAGUGGAUCGGCAAUGUCUGGAUCAACGCCAUAACGCAGCCAUUCACCCGGCCCUGCCUGCUGCAUAAGGACGAUGCCAUUUCCAAACCAUACUCCACAAUAGUAUAGAACUUAAAAGUUUCCAUAUUUAUUUCCUAUUUUUAGUCGCUGUGAAUAUAUUUAUGUAUAUUUGUAAAUAUUUUGUAUACACUAAAUUAAUGAAAACCUCGUUUUAUAUAAACUUAAA